UGUUCAUGGAAUAAAAUCUUAGCAGAAAGCAGUUUUUUCAUUUAAAGUUAUAGGAUUAUUAUUACAUAAGUAAAUUCAAGUAACCAGCUUUCAUUUCAGUCGCGUUAAAACUAAUAUACUCUGCGAAAAUAAUAUUGGUGUUAUCGCAUAAGCCUAUUUUUAGCAUAAUUGUGAUAAAGGUCCACAGUUACGUCCUGCGUACCGCAUUCGAUGGCGUUUACUAGUGGAGAGCAAUCGUGUUUUGAUUAAUUUCCAGCUGAAAUUCAGUGAAAAAAGGUUACAAUGGAAGACGAAUUUGCAACUGUUGUAUCCGUAGAGGUGGUUCCGAAUAUUUUUGUGCCUAUCGAAUGGCCUAUCGAAGGCUUAGAAAAUCUCAUUGUGACUUUGGCAAAAAAAAUAAUUGCAAGGUUUAAUUUCUUGAGCCCCAUUGUACAGGUAAAAAAUAUACCGACAAGGUUAAUCCGACGUAUUUAUAUGAAUACUCCUGCUUAUUUUUUUCAAAAAGUGUCUAAAAAAGAGAUGAUCGGUGCUUAUGUUUAUAAUAUCGUACUGCCCAAGGAAGGUAAUAGCAUUCUGAUAGAAAUAAACAGCGGAAGUAACAUCAACAACGGAUCAUGCCAAAAUUACCCAGUGAAAGUCCCUUCAGAAAUUACUAUGACGUCAUAUAGCCUAAUGCCUUCGCGAUUUAUUAAGGAGACAUCACGCGACAUCGACGAUAACAAGCUUGUUUUGCGGCGACGACGUCCCACCGAGUGCGCAAGUGCCACCAUUAAAACAGAAAGUCAGUGUUUUAGCGGCUACAAGAAACAGACUGGGGUAAACCUGAAGCUCUGUUACCGCAUCCAUCAUAGUGCCUAUUUUAACGUAUGUUUAUUUUUUUAAUCAUGUUAGAUUAUUGUGAUUAUACUAGAAAGC